ACUGAUCACAAGCUGGUGUUGGUGGACCUUAGACACUGUGAAGAAAAAACAACAUGUGAGGAGUGUACUGGUUCUCCGGACCCUGUGUGUGGCUGGUGUGUCAUGGAGAACAGAUGUCUGGAGCAGACCAGCUGCCCCUCCUCUGCAGUCUACCCUCACUGGUUACCUGCCAAACAGGGAGCAUGUGCAAAAAUGGUAGAAGUCCAACCCCACAUCCUCAGUUAUGAAAAACUGGAUUCUGACAUGGAAAAACAACAGAUAACCUUUAGACUGAAGGAGAUCAUGUUAAGCCCAAGAGACACAGACAACAUUGAACUGUUGUGUUUCUUCUCUGGCCAAGACACCAUGUCCAAGACGGCGGCACAGAUUAACGGGGAGACGGUAACUUGCCCAUUACCGUCGCGCCCGAAGUUCCCAGUACUUCCCGAGGACUACACAGACGUCCAGGUGGAGUUCCAUGUCGGAGGACGAGCGGUGGUGAAGCGAAGUGUUCCUGUGUUUGAUUGCCGUCCUCACAAAAACUGUACCACCUGUACUAACAGUAAUUUCACCUGUGAGUGGCACCAUGACACCAACAGCUGUAGCCGAUCUGGAAGUGUAACUUCAGGAUCAACUGCAGUGACCAAUGUGAAUGCUUGUCCGAUGAUUGAUAGUCCUUCGUUAGACACCGACAUUGUGGUUCACUCUGGGGAGUCGAAACAGAUCGCAGUGGGCGUGGUAAAUCUGCAGCAGGGACAGACAGACAACAUCAAGUGUAACUUCCAGUAUCUAAAUCAGACUCAGAUCGUUGUAGGAACCAUCCGCUCAACACUUCUCACCUGUGACGAUGUACAGUUUUCGUUUGUUGCCGACUUUGCAUAUGUGACAGCCAAAUUCCAGGUGACAUGGGGUCCACAAGAUUUCCCAUUGGACAAUCCACGUGACAUCACAGUGAGAAUCUACAAGUGUAAUCUGAUGGUGACCAACUGUGGACAGUGUCUGAGUAUGGACCCCGAGUACGAGUGUGGAUGGUGUGGGGAUGAAUGUUCUCUCCAGAAAAACUGUCCCGACAGCUGGCUGGACCGCUCAUCUACCUGUCCCAACCCUAAGAUACUUAGGUUUAAUCCAAGCACUGGUCCGAUCCAAGGAAAAACAAACAUCUCAGUGACUGGGAUCAAUCUGGGAAAAGCUUACACAGACUUACAGAACGGAGUGGAAGUGGCAGGUGUAAGGUGUACAGUGCUUCCAGAGCACUUUGAGCCAUCCAUUGGAUUUCGCUGUGAGACUGAGUCUGCACAGGACACACAAAUGGGUAAAAUCGUGGUGACCGUCGACAAUCAGUAUACUACCGAGUCGGAAGGAACUUUCGCAUUUGUGGACCCCACUGUAGACAGGCUGAGACCAGAUAUGGGACCUAAGUCAGGUGGAACUCGAAUCACCAUCACUGGAGUGAACCUGGAUACAGGCACCAGGACAACGGUGGACAUUGGGGGUAGUCCGUGUCAGGUUCGCAGGAGGAAUGCCACCAUUUUAGAGUGUAUCACAUCCCAACAUAUAUCUAACAAGGACACAGUGGAGGUGGAGGUCAGUUUUGGAGGAUACAAACGUCUACUCCGGCCACAGUUUACAUAUGUGGAGGAUCCCACUAUAACCGCCAUAGAGCCUACCAAGAGCAUUCUCAGUGGAGGAAUAACGCUGACUGUAAUCGGAGAAAGACUUGGUAUGAUUCAGCGUCCAGAGUUCUUUGUAGAGGUCAAUGAUCAGAUGUACCCUCCCGCUGGAUAUCCAUGCCAUCACAUUGAGAACUACAUGAACAAGUGGCUGCUCUGUCAUACUCCUCGACUCGACUUUCUGGGAGAAAAUGUCACCGAAACGAACCCGCGUGAGGUCCACUAUGGGUUUAACCUUGAUGGAGUCACAACAUGGCGUAAUAUCUCUAAACGUGAGAACAUGGGACCACUUCUCUACUACCCUGACCCAUUAAUUGAGAGAUUCUCGGGGGAAAAUGUCGAAAAGAAGUACAAGAAGGACAAACCAUUGGUGAUUGAAGGUCGGUUUGCAGGGAUGAGCCAACUCAUUAAGGAUGUGAAGGUUGUGGUGGGUCAGAACGAGUGUAAGAACCCUGUGACAUCGGACUCUACCAUCAGCUGUGAGCCCCCAAAGAACCCGGAUGGUAUUGACACCAAAGGCAAUGCUCUAGUACUGAUAAAGAUCGGGUUUCUGAGGAAGGAUGUUGGCUACCUUAACUACUUUGACAAUGAGACGGAGGAGAAGCCUAUAGCCCUUGGUAUAAUAUUAGGGGUAGUCCUUCCCAUCAUCGCCAUCAUCACUCUACUGGCAAUCUGUAUCAUCCGACGCCAGCGUAAGAAUGGACCCAGUAAAAGUGGCAUUCCUGAGAUGUUGAAAGACUACGAUGGAAAGACUGAGGAAGCUGACAUAGGAUUGAACCAUGUGUCUGUGAAGGCAGACAUGAACGGACAGAUUCCAGAUUCAGGACCCUAUAUCAGCGAGCUCCUGGCCAGGAUUGAAGAUGAAGCUGCCCGACAGAGCAUCAGUGACUUCCUCAUACCCCGGUCAAAACUGGACAUCGGUGAACUUGUAGGCAAAGGUAUCUUUGGCAAUACGUACCAAGCGACAUACACGACAUGUGUCGGGGCUGAUAGUGAGGAGAAAAACACUGAUGUGGCUGUCAAGUCACUUCUGGGAUGUAACACAGAUAAUGCGACAGUGGAUGCCUUCCUACAGAAGUGUCUUGUACUAAAGGACUUACAACACCCGAACAUCCUCCCUCUCCUAGGCUUGUGUCUCUCUGCAGCUGAGGAACCUCACAUGGUGGUCCCGUACCUCGAGAGGGGUGAUCUCAAAACCUAUGUCAGGGAUCCAUCAAAGAACAUAACAGUGAUACAGUUACUGGAGAUGGCCCAGCAGAUCUCUGAGGCAAUGGUUUACUUAGAAAGUCUACAUGUCGUUCACGGCGACUUGGCCGCUCGCAACUGUAUGCUGACUGACGACAAAAUGGUGCGUGUGGCAGGGUUUGGUGUAACAGAUCUGUACUCGGUAGACUACUGUAAGGCGGAUGAGGACAGGAAUAAGAUUGUCACCAAGUGGAUAGCACCGGAGGCCAUCGACAACUUCACCUUCUCUCAUAAAACAGAUGUUUGGUCAUAUGGUGUGUUACUGUGGGAACUGUUGACAAGGGGAGUAACUCCGUACCCAGAUGUGGAAUCAAAAGACCUGAAGAAUUACUUAGAAGGAGGUCAUCAUCUCAAAAAACCCAGGCAAUGUCCAGAAUCAUUGUAUGUGAUGAUGGUGCAGUGUUGGACAGAUAGACCCAAUGAUAGGCCCACAUUCCAGGAAGUCAAUCAGGAUAUGAAGACCUUCCUGUCAGCUGACACCGGUGAACAAAAUGAUGAUACGUCUGACACUCAGCCACUGAAGUCCAACAUUGAACCUGGAGGCUCGUCAGAGUACCUAGAGGUCAUGGGUUAAUGUCAUACAAGUCUUGACCUAGAUGUUGUUUGUAAAAUUAUCUACAGGUCAUAGAUAAAGGCCAUACAAAAAAUUAGCUCUGUGUCAGUCAAAAUUGAAUGAAAGUUCAAACUGACCUUGGUUUACAAGUCAGGCUUAGCAUUGACUAAUAACAGACUUGCUCUGUGUGAGCAUUUCAAACCAAAUAUGAUCAUAGAUCAGUGUUGGGUAAGACAGCAGAGAUGGAGGUUGUGGAGGAGAACACCAAAUAAGGUUAAAAAAGAAUUGACUCAGAUUGUAGAGGAGAGAAAUUGCUGAGACAAAUACAGAUAUCAUGUAUGCUUGAUGGAAAAAUGUCACAAAAUAAGAUAUCCAUAUUUUGUUAGCAACAAGAGGUACAUUGGAGGUGCUGUUACACUGUUAAGCUACGGAAUAGCAGAAAAGUGUCUAAGCACAACAAUACUAUCAAAUACAAUCAUCUACAUAUGUGUAAAGUUUAUGGGACACUUCAGAAUGGCUGGGAUGGCCGUUUUUGUGAAUGAUAAAGACAAUUGAUUCACUUUUCCACUGAUUUCAAUGUUAAAGAGAUCAGUGUUGCUUUUAAAGUGCUGAGGACACCACAAAGUGGUAUAAACAUUUCUCAAGCUUUGUGUGUGCGAGAUUUGGAACUGUGUAUGCGCUGGUGAUGAUUAAAUGUCUGCAUAAGUUGAGAUUUCAGUGUAAUGAGUUUGACUGCCAUCAUAUCGGAUGUGAGGUUGGUCGUUAUAAUUGUAGCAUGUUUCGUCAGAUAUUGAUCAUCACUAUUGUUUCAUGUUUGCUUUAAUUGGCCAAGCCAGUGGAGCAGUAGAUUAAUGUUUCAGAUGUGAGCUGUGUUAAUCAACACAUAUCAUGAUAUUACUGUUUAUCACUCCGGGUUUGAUUUUUUUUUCUUUUUUUUUUUUUAAUAAAAGAUUGAUUUUCUUGUCGAUAUGCAGGAAUUUCUUUUGCUAAUUAAAAUCUCCCAUCAAUAUUUUGUAUAUAAUUACUAUCAAUGUUGAAAAACACCGUCAUUGUGAACUUGAAUGUGUUAUUGUAAAACCUACAUGUAUCGUUCAUGAAAUCAUAUAGAUGUAUACAUAAGUUAGCAGUAUUACAUCAUUACUUCAGGCCUGCUCUCUUCAUCUUUUGCAAUAAGGUUGUAAAAUCAGAUAUUCAUAAUCAUUUUCAUCAGAUUUAUCUAUAAAUGUAAAAAGUGUUCAUGUUUUACAAAUCUCCAUUAAAUGUAUUGUGUUUAAUUGAGUGAUAGAUAUUUGCCAUCCUCUGUCGACAGUAUGACGAUAUUUUGCAGGCUUCAAAGAGAGACUAUUUUUAUUAAAAUUUCAAUGAUGCAUUCUUUCAUGUAGCGUCAGCUACAGCUCUCCCUGGUGAUCAUGAUAUGUACCUGAUGUGACCAUGUUUACAGCUCCACCUCGUGGCAUGAUAUGUACCUGAUGUCACUGUGUUUAUAGCUCCACCUGGUGGCAUGUUAGGUACCUGAUGUGACCAUGUUUACAGCUCCACCUGGUGGCAUGAUAGGUACAUGAUGUCACUGUGUUUACAGCUCCACCUGGUGGCAUGAUAGUUACCUGAUGUAACAGUGUUUACAGCUCCACCUGUUGGCAUGAUAGGUACCUGAUGUGCCACUAUGUUAACAGCUCCACCUGGUGGCGUGAUAGUAACCUGAUGUAACUGUGUUUACAGCUCCACCUGGUGGCAUAAUAGGUACAUGAUGUCACUGUGUUUACAGCUCCACCUGGUGGUAUGACACACAGGGAAACAUACCUUUACUUGAGUAUGAGGACAGAUAAUCUGCGACAUACUUUGUAUUUAAGUGUAAGGACAGAUAAUCUGUGACAUACUUUGUAUUUAAGUGUGAGGACAGAUUAUCUAUAACAUACUUUGUAUUUAAGUGUGAGGACAGAUAAUCUGUGACAUACUUUGUAUUUAAGUGUGAGGACAGAUAAUCUGUGACAUACUUUGUAUUUAAGUGUGAGGGCAGAUUAUCUGUGACAUACUUUGUAUUUAAGUGUGAGGAUAGAUAAUCUGUGACAUACUUUGUAUUUAAGUGUGAGGACAGAUAAUCUGUGACAUACUUUGUAUUUAAGUGUGAGGGCAGAUUAUCUGUGACAUACUUUGUAUUUAAGUGUGAGGACAGAUAAUCUGUGACAUACUUUGUAUUUAAGUGUGAGGACAGAUAAUUUGUGACAUACUUUGUAUUUAAGUGUGAGGACAGAUAAUCUGUGACAUACUUUGUAUUUAAGUAUAAGGGGAGAUUAUCUGUGACAUAUUUUGUAUUUAAGUGUGAGGACAGAUAAUCUGUGACAUACUUUGUAUUUAAGUGUGAGGACAGAUUAUCUAUAACAUACUUUUUUGCAUUCAAGUGUGAGGACAGAUAAUUUGUAACAUACUUUGUAUUUAAGUGUGAGGGUAGAUAAUCUGUGACAUACUUUGUAUUUAAGUGUGAGGACACAUUAUAUCUGUUACAUAUUUUUUGAAUUCAAGUAUCAGACAAUUAAUCUUUGACAUAAUGUGUUAGAUAAUCUAUUGAAUGAUAUCAUAUAUGUGUAUGUGUGCUUUAUAUCCGCAUGUUUUUUAUUACUUUUAUUUAUUGACUAUUGAACAGAGCAGAAGCUGUUUUGUUGAUGACCAAUACAAAUAGUACCAAGAUUUUUUAUGCUUUUUAUGAAUAAUUAUCUUUAAUAAUUAUAGUUUGUAUCUUGUGUGCCAUUGUUUAUAUAAAUAUAUAUGUACUUUAAUUUGUUCCUAUUAAUGCUAUGUGUUAGUAUCUGCAAUUAUAUAGACCUACAUGUAUCUUACUGGUCAAAUGACAGUGAAUGUCUUUAAAUAAGGGAGUUCUCUUAGCUAGCAAUAUAGGUCCCAUGGGCCUUUUGUGUGACUUUAUAUAAAAAAACUAAUGUUUUCUUUCCAAGAUAUGAAUUUGAUAUUUUUCUUAAAGAUUUUGAAAUAAUUCUGAUUUGUAUUUGUAAUGUUAUGAGUUAUAAUGACAUAAUCUCACAAGAGGUAUGUUAUGAUUCUCCGUGAUCAAAGUGCUAUCCCUCAAUAAGCACCUUCCUUUAUACAUUGUAUAUGUUCUUGUUAAAUUUUCUUUGGUCUUAAUGCUUGGUCUGGGAUCUUCAUGACUGACCAUUUUGUCAUUGUUUCACAAAUAUUUCUUCAAAUCUUUUCGUAGAAACAUUGUAGAUAGACAUGAAUUUGAUAUAAAAUGGCAACAAAAUUUUAUCUUUUAUUAAAUUCUAUUCAAAGUACGGAAAUGGAGGAUUAGAAAUCAUUGACCGAGACGGUAAAGCAGGAGAUGAUGCUAGGUUCUUUCGAAUCUCAUUCUGAAAAGUAUACUUUCAAAACAUUGAUUUGCCUUUGGAUCAUAUUCAUAGUGCUAGCAGGUCUAAAUCUGUUUUUAGGUGUUUAAAUAUAGAGGUCUGUAUUAUUACAUGUUUUGAGAGUCUGUGGCUGGUGGGCCAACAGAGAAAUCUUGCCUACCAUGAAAACGUGCAAUAUUAGUUGUCUUUGCUUCUGUCAAAUAUAUCGGUCUAACAGCAAGUUGGUGCUUACUCAUUUUAAAUCUGUCUUUUAAUAAAUCAUAAAUAUUUCUCAUAAAUGUACUUUUUAAUAGGUCAUCCGAGACAAAGUCUUAAGUGACAUAUUGUGAUUGCCUUUUGUUUGUUGUCCAAUGAACAAUUUACAUUUCCAACUUCUCUAUAACCAAAAGGCCCAUACUGUUGGGCCAGCAGCAUGCUGGGGUCAAGGGUUACUAUAUCUGUUGAAAUGAAUUACCUGGACUUACUAUUUAUAAAGAAUCAACAACAUCUUCUCGGUAACCAAAGGAUCAGGGUUAUAAUAGGCCAGUAUAACAUGCUGGGUUGAAAGGCUACUAGAUUUGUGUAAAUCAACCUUUGCCUACUUUCAAGGUCACAGGGGUCAAUUGAAAUCUGUUAACACUUCUCAAUAAAAAUAGGCCUAGGGUCAUGCAAUUUAGCAAGAAGUAUGCUAGUAUCGAGGGCUACCAAGAUUGGUCAUAUGAAUGACCUUUACCUACCUUCAAGGUCAUCUGUAAAUCUGUAAAUGACUUCUUUUCCAUAGCCAGACUCCCAGAGUCUUGAUUAGGGCCAGUAGCUUGUUGAGAUGAAGUGUCACUAACUUUGUUCAAAUCAACAGCCUUGACCUACUUUCAAGGUCAAAGGUGUCUAAUGUGUUAAAAUCUUAAUUUAAAUACAAUAAUAUAUGAACAUAUCAGAACUCGGGUGACUAUUAUGGCCCAUGUUGUUUUUAACAAAAUUAAUAAUGAUUGAUUUCCUGAUGAAGGAAGUUUAUCAUGAUCAAUGCACACCAAUAGUUAAAUGGGAAUUAUGGGCCAAGAUAAUGAUAUUUCUUGAGUGUUUUAUCAAAAAAUGUUUAACAAUUUUUUUUACAAACUUUUCUUCAUAACACUUCAAUUUGUAACAUUCUGAAUGUGACCAUUCGUCUAUCAAACACAUUCUCAUUUUCCCUUUACAGAUGUAAAUACCAAACCCUGCUUGUGGCAGCUGUGGUCUUAGAAUCGCCAGUCUGUGUUUUUAUUUGUUUUAUCCUGUUUGUUUUAUAACUUUCCUUGUGAAAGAAUAUUUAUUGCUUUACUGCCAGGGGCUGUAUGUAAGAGAUACAAAUAGAGAUUGUUUUUGUCAUAGGUUUCGUGAUAUCAGCUGGCCCCUGGUUUCAUCAACACUGCUCCCUAUACUUAGUAACUUAAAGAUUUCAGAGGAAAUCAUUACAGAAUUUAAAGAAAGUUCCUUAAUUAAGAUAUUUCCUUAAAUUCUGUUAUACUUUCCUAUGAAAAAAAUGAAAUUUUCAUAAGUUAAGUAACGUUGAUUAAACUGGAGAAUUACUGUAUCUACCCUAGUCACAGGUUUCGUGAAGCGAUCAUAUACAAUGUAAAAGUCAAUAUUUCAGCGACCAUUAAAGAGGAUUGUCAGUCUAAAUUUUAUAAAAUUGUCCAUAUCUGAAUACACUGAGGUGCACAGUUGUAUGAUUUUAUUAUGUAUAGAAUAUAAACAUUAAAAUCUGGACCUAGAAUUAUAAUGCUUCCAUGAUUAAAAACUAUUCUAGGAUUUUGAAAAAAGUAACCUUAUCGACAUGUUGAAAAACUAGGGUUUAAAAUUGCUGUAAUUUGUGGUCAAACUAAUAACUUUUAUAACCAAAUAAAGCUUAUUACCAUAUACAUGUAGCAAGUUGUUUUAAUGAAAGUAAAAUUUAGCAUUUUAACAUCUAAUUUCAUUGGUUAAAUUUUAGCAAUAUUAUCCAACCUAAAAUUGUUACCUUUUUUCAUAAUUAGCAGUUAACCUCGGUAUUUUUGAUAUUUAGUAGUAAAACUCAGUAUAGUUAAGAACUGUGUAAACACAGCAUGUGUACUGUAUUCACACCACCCAAAUCAGUCCCCAAUUUAGUAUCUUCUAGGUAAGGGCAUGCGGCACUCUGUGGGAUAAAAUUUAAGGGAGUUUUUUUUUUUAGUUAGAAUGUUAAUGAUUAGCAGUUAUUUUAGCAAUUCACUAUCUGUCACUAAAUUAGCUGAAAUUAGCGCCUAAUUAACAUAACCCACAAACAGUACUAGCCAGGGUGAAAACAUUAACCCACAAGCAGUACUAGCCAGGGUGAAAACAUUAACCCACAAGCAGUACAAGCCAGGGUGAAAACAUUAACCCACAAGCAGUACUAGCCAGGGUGAAAACAUUAACCCACAAGCAGUACUAGCUAGGGUGAAAACAUCAACCCACAAGCAGUACUAGCCAGGGUGAAAACAUCAACCCACAAGCAGUACUAGCCAGGGUGAAAACAUCAACCCACAAGCAGUACUAGCCAGGGUGAAAACAUCAACCCACAAGCAGUACUAGCCAGGGUGAAAACAUCAACCCACAAGCAGUACUAGCCAGGGUGAAAACAUUAACCCACAAGCAGUACUAGCCAGGGUGAAAACAUUAACCCACAAGCAGUACUAGCCAGGGUGAAAACAUUUCCUUUGUGGUUGUUAAAUUAAAUAUUGCACCAUUCUUAUUCUAUCAAAUCUAUAUUUUUUCUGAUCCAUAUACUGUACGUAGCACUGUUGUCUACCCAUGUGUGAACCAGCUGAUAUAUGUUGUGAGGAAUGCGAGUGUGUUACUAAGUGGUUGAUAUUUAAUACAUGCCCUGUAUUUUGUUGCCAGCUUUUUGUACAUUUUGUUAUAUUUAUACACUCACUAUGUACGAAUGCCAGGCAAAUAAGUCGCUGUUCAUAUAAUGUCAAUAAAGAUGCUUUCUGAAAUAA